ACGCCUUCCCUCGCAGCCGCUAUUAUCUUCGCCGUCCUCUCCGCCUUGACGACCUUCCUCCACAACUACCAAAUGCUCCGAACGCGCGCCUGGUUCCUGAUCUGGUUCAUACUCGGCGGCCUCAGCUACAUUGCUUGCGCGUACUCCGCGUACGAGAACCUCGGCAAGACGUGUGUAUAG